AUGAACCGCACUGCUGUCGCCCGUUUCUUGGCUAUUCGCCGCUUCGUCCAGAAGCGUAAUGCUGGAGGACAUCAUCAUGUUGCCAACCCAGGACCGCCAUGCACCUUCGACUUGAUGCCGGUUCCAUUCCAGCCAUACCAGAAGGUCUACUCCGAGCUUCAAACCAAGUUCAACACCUAUCUCAUCAUCUCGUCGGCGAUCUUCGGCUCUUCGUUUGCUCUCGCCUUGUACACCAACUUGUUCGCAUUCGAGGAAUGCAUCAGACCACCAAAGAGCUACCGCAACCGUCAAUAA